AUGGCCUCUUGGGUUUGGAGGAUGCUUCCUAGGAAUGUCCGUUCCUUGACUACAUCAUCAGAGAACCAGCGAAUUGAGGAUUUUUAUCGUCACAUUGAGGCCUAUGGGUACUUCUUGCCCAUCCAGACAAGGUGUCAGGACAAUGACCAGUACGGUCAUGUGAACAAUGCUGUGUACUACAGCUACUUCGACACUAUUAUCAACCACUACCUGAUCAGGUACUGUGGCCUGAAGACCAGCUUGCUGACGUCCUCCAUGGUGGGGUUCAUGGUGACCAAUCCGUGCACCUUCCACAGACCUGGGGGCUUCCCUCAGGUCGCAGUGGCUGCUCUAGCCAUGGAAAAAGUGGGCCAUUCCAGCGUGCAUUAUCGCCUUGCUCUGUUUCCACCUAAGCCCACCCAGGAACCACUGACAGUGGACCACCGUGACCUCGGUGACGGCUUUUUCUUUGGCCACCCCAGCUUGGCACAGUUUGACACUUUGGCCUGUACCACUGGGUCCUCAGUCCUCGUUUUUUUGAAUCCGGCCACCAGCAAGCCAAUGGGCCUUCCGGAAGACUUCAGGAGGUGCCUGCUCAGGCUGAUGAGACCAGCGUCCGCGUGA